AUUCCCAAAGUGACAACAAAAAACAUAUGAUUGCUGGUUUACAUGCCCAUUUAAAAGGCGAUUGCAUUUGGUUGAUAUUCCAAAAUGGGAAAUAGAUAACAAAUAAUGCUUAGUAAAUGAAAUAAUUUGCAAUAGUCGCAAUAAGCCAUAGUUGAUUUGUUGCAAAUUUGCAUGUCGAAACUUUAUAUAUUGGACGUUAUCAAAUGUGCUGGCAUGACCAGACACUCACUCACUCACACACAACUACAAAUAAAUAAAAAACCGUGUUAUUUGUUUCUGUUUGUUACCGAAGUGUCAAAUCAUCAAAGAAGAACACUUUAUAUACAUUUGAGUCAACAAAGAAUCGAAUCGACUGUACGAAGUUAUAGAUUUUAUUUGUCGAUAAUUUCCGUAGUUUUUAUGUAAUGUGGUCAAAUAAAAUGCAAUCGAGUGUGUAUUAAUUUGUCGGAAAUAAAACGUGCAUUUGGCAAAAAAAUCGCGUGAAGAAGUAUUCGCUGCUCGAACAAACCGAAGUAGACAAAGAAAUUGGAACCAUAACAAAAAAUUACAAGCGAUUUGUUGAAAGUAGAAUUCAAGAGCCCAGUUAAAAGUUAAGUUCAAUUGAAAAUGUACGCGUCACAUAUCCACUGAGAUUGUUGCUUGUCCGUCGUUUGAAGGCGCAUUUACUCUAUUUUCGUCACCGUUACCCAAAUUCAUUUCGACGACAGAUUGUUAGAAAUGCCAACAAUGAAAUUAUUUGUGACGAUUUUGCAAUUUUUAUUGUUUGCUUUCUUUUUGGUUUCAUUCGCUGUCUUCAGUUUUUUUGCCCGUGCCCUGUUCAUUUAGACAUCAAAUAAACCGCAUCAACGAUGAUCAUACGAUAAAAAAAAAUUAAAGCGUUAAUUGAAUUGACUGUGUGUACAGUACAAUGUGCAUAGUGCAUUCCAGAGUGAAGGGCAACCGCUGUGUCGUGUAUUUGUGCAGUAAGGAGAUAUGUGUGUUAUAACGAGAAAGAGAAAAAAGAACAUUUGACGAACAAAGAAAGCGAAUGCAUGAUGAAUCAAGAAUUGUGUGUUUGCAAACAAUAACAGUGUGUUUUAUCAGUUUUAUUAAGAAGAAAAGUGUUGAAUUUUGUAUAAUUUUAGUUUAUUAUUUUCUUCCAUGCUUCUUUUCACAACAAUUGCAAAGAACGUAGUGAUUGCAACGUUUAAUGUAAUCAAAUUUAUCGAUGCAAACCCAAAACGAGUCUAACAAUUUCGAACAGUUUUAUCGAGUGCCAGUUUGCCAGCUCUGUAAACGUGUUUGUUCAGAAGUUUCCGUUCAAGUUUUGAAAACUUCUCUUCAGACUUGGUAGCCCGAUCCUAAAACGUUGAAAAUGUCUUCCGAAGCGCAGCGUGAUAUUCGGUUUGCCGCCGAAACCAUAUACAGAAACGCUCACCGGUCUCCAUUGCUUUUAACGCGGUCACAUCACACACAGUUAGAUCUUUUGAGUUUUAUCAAUGAAGAUUACAUUGCUGGCUAUACACAGGAUGGUCAAAUGUCGACUGUUCGCCGAUUUUUUUGCUUAUUUGUUGUAUUCGAUCUAUUUUUCAUUUCGAUGCUUUGGUUCAUUUGCAUUAUGAUGAACGGUGAUACCAUUUUGAAUGCCCUGAAAGUACAAGUAGUGCAUUACACAAUUCAAUCGUCACUUUUCGACAUUAUUUUUGCAGCUUUUGUUCGUUUUUUAUUGCUCGUCGUUUUCUAUGGAGUUUUUGCUAUCAAUCAUUGGAGCAUUAUUGUUUUUACUACAACUGCUUCCUGUGCAUUUUUAAUUGGAAAAGUCUUCUAUUAUAAUUGGAUGGUGUCUGCACAGCCAAUCAUUCAAGUACUAAUGAUUAUCGUAUCAUGUCUUUUGGCUUGGGGUGAAGCAUGGUUUUUAGACUGUCGAGUGAUUCCACAAGAAAAAAAUGCGCAACGAUUUUAUCGACUCUUAAUGUCACAAACGGAUGAUAACGAAAGAUCGCCACUGCUAGAAUCAUAUUUAAAUACAAUUCACAACGUUGGGCACACAGAUAGUAGUGUAGCCAAUUUUUAUUCACCAAUCGAAUCGGUACACAAUAGUGAUUCGGAAGGGGACGAGGAUGAUUUGUACAGGAACAAAGCUAUCGCUGAUGUUCAUGCAGCCCUUGAGCUGUUGGACUGCAUCGAUUGGAAGGUGGAAAAAAUCAUUACAUCAACCGGAGAUAAAAUCCAAUCGAUUCAACGAAAGAAAUUCGGCAAAAUUUAUCGUUUAACGGCUCAAAUGAAUCUACCUGCAAAGACACUACUUCAUAAGCUAUACUAUGGAAUUGAUGGAAUACCAACAUGGAAUCCAACGGUGCUGGAGGCUAGAAUUCUCAAAAAAAUAGAUAAUCAUACCGACAUAACUUACAGUGUCAGCGCACCUGGUGGAGGUGGUCUGGUCGACAGUCGUGACUUUAUAAAUUUAAGAAGUUGGCAAUUGAUAAAAAAUGGAAAUAUCAUCGAAGACAUCGAUAUAUUCAACGAUAAUCGACCAGAUAAAGACUCUCCACACAAAUCAAAUGAAACGGUGCAGCCGAUGAAGAAAUCAACGAGUGAGAUUAAUUUAAUGGAAAAUCAGCAACAAGGUUCAGACCUGGAUCAGUCAGUGUAUUCGUUAAGCAAGAGUUUGGGUGCAAAAGUGUUUAGCGAUGAUGAAUGUCUGUCGCCGGCGCCGGAAAUGUUUAGCAGCAAAAGUACAACCGAUGAUGCCGAUGAAUUCGUUGAUGCGAACGAAACUCAGGGUGCUGAAAGUACCAACGAUUUAUCGCAUCGAUCAGAAGCUGUGGAUCACAUAAAGAAUAUUACGAAAGACUUGUGUGAUAGAAUGUACAUUGUCUCUGGUGUUAGUAUUAAGUAUGAUCAAAUGCCUGCCGUUUCGAAGUACACACGCGGUGAAACUUUAAUGGGAUGCUGGGCGAUGAGAGAAUCCAAAUCCGAUCCGAAUACUUGCACAUUUGAAUGGAUCAUGUGCUUAGAUUUGAAAGGGCGAUUUCCACGCUUCGUGUUAGAUAAGGCGUACACGGGCGUUAUGCAAGAAUUCAUGAGUCAUCUGCGAAAAUAUUGUGAAUCAAGCGAAGCUGCAGCGUGAAAAUUGGCACCGUGCAUCGUCCACAAUAAAUUUCAUCGUACACAGAGUUUACCAUAUAGAUCUAUAUAUAUUCCGUCAUUCAUUACUUACAACCUGUCAUAUUUUUUUUUUUGUGAAUUGAUUUCCAUUUUAUUUUCGUUGAUAAUAAAUGAACAAUUCAUACUUUUCUCUUUUGGAGGCAAUUUUUUUCUUUUUGUAAAUCACAUAUUUUGAUCGAAACAAUUAUAAUAAUAAAAACAAACAAUUUGUAACUCCUUAAA